UCAGCUUGUCAUCACUUUAUCACUCGCCACUCGGCCGCCAUCCAGAUUUGACCGUCAGCCUGUCCACCUGCCCCAAAUCUGAGGCGACGGCCACUUUUUUCCUCCGAGAGAGGAUAAGCAAGACAGGUGACUGUAAUUUUCCGAGCGCCUGAUUUAGACUCCUGCCACUCAGCUGGGCUUUUUCCACCCUUAAAAGGCGGCUGCCUUCUUUAUAAGGCGUGAAAUGGCUGCAAUGAUGGCCCCCGUUGAGUCUGACGAUGAGCACAACAAUUACUCGGACGAGGAGACCGAUUCACUAAACGGUCAUACAGCCAAUUCGCCGACGCCGGAGUUGAAAGCAUGGGACCUGUUCCGCGUGUUGCCGCCUCAGAAAGACCUGAGCGCGGCCGAAAGCGAGGCCACGAUGAACCUCAUCCUUCGCUGGGUCAAACUGCUUAUCUGCAUAAUUGUGUUUUUGGUGGUGCUCGGAUGCGGUGUCCUUGCCAAAGGGACCAUCCUUUUCAUGGCGGCGCAAACCAGCGGAACGCAGCAGGUCGAUUUUUGCUACAAGCAGAUUAGCAACACUGCGGAAAAAAGAUAUGUGGCGAAAUUACCCCUGGUAGAGAGAGUAGGAUGGACUUGGGCGCUCUUUUUCGCCCUAAUUGUUCCUGAGGUGCUGUCGCUUAUGCGAUCAAUUCGCAUGUGCGUCUUCAAGAGUUUCAAAAAACCACCCCUGGGCGAUUUUCUACUUGUGAUGUCUGCAGAAACUCUUCAUGCGAUCGGCAUAGGCAUCCUUGCGUUUGUUGUUUUCCCAGAACUUGAUAUCUUGAAAGCGGCCAUGCUGACGAACUGCGUGUGUGUAGUGCCAGGCAUCCUAGGUUUGUUAUCAGAGCACGGUUCAGUGAACAGAACCAUGAUCAGGGUGGCCAUCGACAUCGUGGCAUUGGCAGCUCAGGUCACUGGUUUCAUAAUUUGGCCCCUGGUCGAAAACGAAAAAAGAGGCUCGCUAUGGUUCAUUCCAUUGGCGCUGUUUUUAGUCUCGUUCGGCUGGUGGGAAAACUUUGUCAGCCAGAACUCUGCCUUGGGUUUCGUCCGCUAUAUUGCCGAAAUAAAAGAACGUGCUAAAAAGUGGCGCUACUUUACGUACUUGUUCGCCUCCGCGUGGAAAAUGAUCGUCCUCUUUGUGACAAUGAUAGUGGUUUGGGCCGUUAAGGAGGCGUCUGCUAAUGAUCUCUUCUCCUAUUUUGGACCUGCCUUCUACGAGCACAAAAUACAAGUCAUGGAGGUUCGUAACUUAACAGAGCAGCCGCAGCCCAACAUUGAGUUUUUUGAGGUGGACUCAACUUACGUCUCGCCUUUGUGGCUUCUGCUGAUCCAGGCCCUUUCCGCACACAUUUGCUACAUUUCGGCCAAGUACGCGUGCCGCAUCAUGAUUCAGGGUUUCAGUUUUGCACUGGCCGUGUCCAUCACUGUGCCCAUGACCCUAUCAGUGGCCGUUGUGCUCUGCGGACUGAAAACCAUCGACCCGUGCUAUUUCCACAAUGUUAUCCCCGACUACCUGUUCUUCCGACUGCCACCGGUGUACUAUCUUGGAGAAUUUCUUUCUAACCAGCACGCUUGGAUUUGGUUAAUCUGGCUCGCAUCGCAAGCGUGGUUCACCGCACACAUAUGGUGGCCAAAAUGCGAAAGGUUGGCCCGCACCGAGAAGUUGUUCGUCACUCCGAUGUACAGUGCUCUCCUUAUUGACCAGUCUUUAGCCCUCAACAGGAGGAUCGACGACUCUGAAGAGGCGCUCACCAAGCACAUUAUACCAGAAAAAAGCAAGAAGCCGCCUAUUGAAGAAUUCGCAGAUAAUGGAUCUGUCUCGUCCAACGCGUCGGACAUCUUUGCCCACGGAUCGCCUUCGAAUGACCACGUCACUCGAAUUUAUGCUUGCGCCACCAUGUGGCACGAGACCAAAGAAGAGAUGAUGGAGAUACUCAAGUCCAUCUUCCGCAUGGACGAAGACCAGUCAGCGAGAAGGAUGGCUCAACAGUGGUUACAGAUUGUUGAUCCCGACUAUUACGAAUUUGAAACGCACAUAUUUUUUGACGACGCCUUCCUACCGGAAUACGAGUAUGCAAACAGAGAGGGCCCUUUGGUCAACGCGUGGGUCAAAACCCUGGUGAGCACUAUUGACGAAGCAGCCAGUCACGUGCACAACACACAUGUCCGCCUGCGGGCGCCCAAAAAAGUGCCCACCCCAUAUGGCGGCAAAUUGAUUUGGACGCUGCCUGGAAAAACGAAGCUCAUCACCCACCUGAAGGAUAAAAAUAAAAUCAGACACAAGAAGCGAUGGAGUCAGGUCAUGUACAUGUACUACUUGUUGGGUCACCGGUUGAUGGAGAAGAGAAUUCCUGCCGAACGCAAAGAGGUGAUUGCCGAAAACACAUACCUGCUUGCCUUGGACGGCGACAUCGACUUCCAGCCCAAUUCUGUUCAACUGCUGGUCGACCUGAUGAAGAAGAACAAACAGUUGGGCGCCGCCUGCGGAAGAAUUCACCCCAUCGGCUCCGGCGCGAUGGUCUGGUACCAGAAGUUUGAGUACGCCGUCGGACAUUGGCUGCAAAAGGCCACGGAACACAUGAUCGGCUGCGUGCUCUGUUCACCGGGUUGCUUCUCGCUCUUCAGGGGAAAGGCGCUCAUGGACGACAACGUGAUGCGGAAAUAUACCACCCGCUCCGACGAGGCCAGGCAUUAUGUUCAGUACGAUCAAGGUGAAGAUCGAUGGCUGUGCACCCUGCUGCUGCAGCGCGGUUACAGGGUGGAGUACUCGGCGGCGAGUGACGCCUUCACACACUGUCCUGAAGGGUUCAACGAAUUUUACAACCAGAGACGCCGAUGGGUGCCCUCGACCAUGGCCAAUAUCAUGGAUCUGCUCGGAGACUACAAACGCACCGUCAAAAUGAACGACAACCUCUCCUUCCUCUACAUGAUUUACCAGGGUUUCCUCUUGGUCGGCUCAGUUUUGGGCCCCGGAACCAUAUUCCUCAUGCUGGUGGGUGCUUUUGUGGCUGCUUUUCAAAUAAAUCAAUGGUUGAGUUUCUCCUACAACCUCAUCCCAGUGACGAUAUUCAUGGUUAUUUGCUAUUUUGCAAAAGAGAAAACGCAGUUGACAGCGGCAAUGAUAAUAAGUACAUUAUACGCCAUGGUGAUGAUUGCGGUUUUGGUCGGCAUCAUGAUGCAGAUUUCCGAGGACGGGCCUUUGGCGCCAUCGUCGCUCUUUUUCUUCGUUGUGUCAGGGCAAUUAAUUGUGACUGGGCUUUUACACCCUCGAGAGGUGGGCUGCCUGCCGUUCGGGGUCGUUUACUACAUAACCGUACCCAGCAUGUACAUGCUGCUAAUCAUCUACUCGCUAUUCAACCUGAACAAUGUCAGCUGGGGAACUCGAGAGGUGGCCGUGCCCCUCAGCCAGCAGGCUAUGGCGGCGGAAGAAGCAAAAAAAGGUCAGAAAAAGGGAGCAUUUUCUGGAUUACUGGACAGCUUCAGGUCAAAACCGGACUCCAGCGAGCCAGAGGACGGCGCGAUCGAAUUCUCCCUCACGGGCCUGUUCAAAUGCAUGCUGUGUACUUAUCCAAAAGUGGUUGAUGAAAAGCAGCAACUGAUGAGGAUCGCCGAUUCACUUGAAGCUCUCAACCGUAGAAUGGACUCCAUUGAAAGGUCGAUUGACGGUCCAGCACCAGCACUGGGCAGCCGUAGGCGUUCUUUCGCCCUGCUUCGAAGCGCAGCAAACAACGAAACUUUGGGAACGCUUGCAGAGGCGGCAGAGACCGACGAGCAAAUGAGCGAUGACAGCGAGGGACGCUACGCCACCGAAGUUCCUAUUAUCAAGCGAGACGACCUGACCAACCCUUUCUGGAUGGAGGACGCGGAACUGAAAAAGGGCGACGUUGAUUUUUUGUCUGGAGAGGAGGAGCAUUUCUGGAGGGACCUGAUCGAUAAGUACUUGUACCCCCUUGAAGAGAACAAAAAGCAGAAGGAAAAAAUCGCAAGCGAUCUGAAAAUGCUGAGGGAUAAGAUGGUGUUUGGCUUUUUCAUGCUCAACGCCAUGUUCGUCAUGAUCCUUUUCCUAAUUCAACUGAAUAAGGAUUUGCUCCACUUCAACUGGCCUCUUGGAGUGAAAACCAAUAUCACAUUCGAUUACAAUUCAAAGGAGAUUUGGAUCAACAACGAAUACCUGGAGCUGGAGCCGAUUGGCAUCGUCUUUUUGUUCUCUUUCGCGGCGCUGCUUUUCAUUCAGUUCUUCGCCAUGCUCUUCCACCGCUUCGGCACCCUGUCGCACAUUUUGGCUUCGACCGAACUGGAGUGGUAUUGCACGAAAAAGGUCGAGGACAUAACGGAAGACGCUUUGAUGGCCAAAUACGGCAUAGAGUUUGCUAAGGAUUUGUCGCGACUCACGGGCAGUAGCGAAAAUGACACGAAGAAGGAACAGAAGGAACGGCUUUUCUCCAUCGUAAACUUGGAGCACGAAAGUAAGAAGAAGCAGCAGGAAGGCUCGCUUCCCACGAAUUUCGAAACGAGAUUCACGUCCAUGGACUUUGGUUCUCAAGCAAAUCCCAUAUUGAGGCGCAUUUCAGCAAGGAGAGGCACAAUGGAAGCUUUUACUCACAGGCGAAGCUCCGUGCUGGCCGAGAGACGCAAGUCCCUGCGAAUGGGGAGCAUGGACAUGGGCAGAGAUUCUAUACCCGAGGUGGGUCUCAACCGACGCAUCGACUCGGUUGUGAGCUGGAGGGAUACCGACGCAUGAUUUAUUUCCCGUAACACUUUUCCACUCCAAAUUCGAUUGUGAUAGUAAAAUAAAAUUUAAUUUAUAUAUAUAUAUGAAUUUUUUUGUAAUAAGUAAAAAUUCGUUUAAAUAAUAAAACGUUAAUUUUUUUUGCUUA